GUACCUAAACUACUCCGCAACCUCUUGGCCUUCACCUCAAGUCUUCUUUGGCCUUUACUGUGCCCAGUGGGGAAAAUGAUUAUUUGGACUCAGUGGUAGAAGCCUGUCCUUUGCCUGCCCAGCCACGCGGCUCUCACCCCUGUGGGUGGUGUGAUCCAAGAUUUGUUAUGUCAGAGCAAAAGGCAUGUUCUUGGCAGGGGUGGGUCUGGCCAUGUAGGUGGAAGGGCAUCCUUUUUGUCCUGCAGGUUGGGCCCCGUUGUACCUGGGGUCAUGUGGUGUCUAAGGGCUUUUUUAAGCUUCUGCUGUGAAUCAGAGUUGAACCUGAAGCUGUUGCUGGGCUGGCCUGGAGUGUGGGAUUCUUCAGGCUUUGUGCCCCAAGGAUGUGCCUGGACCUGCUUGUCAGUGUCCCGGCAAAUCUACAGCCUCCCUGCACAGACUUAGUCUUUCCAGGCUCCCCAGCCCAGGCCUGUGAGAUAAUGAAACAGAGCAGCCUGGAGGGCACUGGGCUCCAGGUCAGUUGGUGGCAUAGCCAGCAGCUUUGUCGCAACUGAAGUAAAGAGGUAAAGAGGCAAGGAAGGAGUGCCAGAAAGGGGUGUUGCCCUGGGCGAGGCUCAGAAGUGCAGGAGGUGGCAAGGGGCCGGAUGGAAGCCCACGGAUAGUAAUUUCUUCCUCUGUGAAUGAUUAACUCUCAGCUGAAGGAGGUGGUCUAGGAGGAGGGCUCUGCUAACAGGACUUCUGGACUCUGGGCAAGGUGUCCAGAGAGCUGGCGUGUGGCCUACAGAAGAGGAGGACGUGGUUGGUUAGACUGCAGGCCUGGGCUCAGAAGACUGGAGUGAGAUCAGACAGCUGUGGACCUCAGGGAAUCUCCUGGGUCUGGCCGAUGGCCCAUUCCUGCAGCAGCAGCAGCAGCUGUGGGGUCCACUGGCCCUGAGCCCAUAGAGCCGUGGCUCUAAGGGAAGCCUCCUGUCUCUGGCUUUGCAGCGGCCUAACCAGUGCUUUCUUCCUCCUAGGCAGCCAUGGACGCCAAGUGGUGCUGAGCGCGGUGGGGCAUGGCUGCAGCCCUGCAGGUCCUGCGUCACUUGGCCAGAGCCCCCUUGGGCCCACUCGUCUGGGGGGGCCCGUUGGCCCGCCUGGCCAGCAGCAUGGCUCUGGCAGAGCAGGCCCGGCAGCUGUUUGAGAGCACUGUGGGUGCAGUGCUGCCCGGCCCCAUGCUGCAGCGGGUCCUGUCCUUGGACCCUGACAGCGGAGAGCUGAAGGUGCGGGACCGGAGCUUUCAGCUGCGACAGAACGUCUACCUGGUAGGCUUUGGCAAGGCUGUGCUGGGCAUGGCAGCUGCAGCUGAGGAGCUCCUGGGCCAGCAUCUUGUGCAGGGCGUGAUCAGCGUUCCCAAGGGGAUCCGUGCAGCCAUGGAGCAUGCUGGCAAGCAGGAGAUGCUGCUGAAGCCACACAGCCGCAUCCAGGUAUUUGAGGGUGCGGAGGACAACCUGCCGGACCGGGACGCUCUGCGGGCUGCUCUGGCCAUCAGGCAGCUGGCCGAAGGCCUCACUGCUGAUGACCUGCUGCUCGUGCUCAUCUCAGGGGGUGGCUCAGCCCUCCUGCCCGCCCCCAUCCCACCUGUCACUCUGGAGGAGAAGCAGACACUAACCAAGCUGCUGGCGGCCCGGGGAGCCACAAUCCAGGAGCUGAACACCAUCCGGAAGGCCCUGUCCCAGCUCAAGGGCGGGGGGCUGGCUCAGGCCGCCUACCCUGCUCAGGUGGUGAGCCUCAUUCUGUCAGACGUGGUGGGGGACCACGUGGAGGUGAUUGCCAGCGGCCCCACUGUGGCCAGCAUCCACAGCGUGCAAGACUGUCUGCACAUCCUCAAUCACUAUGGCCUUCGCGCCGCCCUGCCACGUUCUGUGAAGACUGUGCUGGCCCGAGCCGACUCUGACCCCCACGGGCCACACACCUGUGGUCACGUCCUCAAUGUGAUCCUUGGCUCCAACGCACUGGCACUGGCGGAGGCUCAGAAGCAGGCUGAGGCGCUGGGAUACAGGGCUGUGGUGCUGAGCACAGCCAUACAGGGUGAUGUGAAAAGUGUGGCCCAGUUCUACGGGCUGCUGGCCCGAGUUGCUGGAGCCCGCCUUGCCCUGCCUGGCGCUGGAGCAUCUGUGGAGGAGGAUGACCGACUCUGUGAACUUGCAGCUGACCUCCAGCUCCCAGAUCUGCAGCUGAAGGAGGCUCUGGAGGCUGUGAUGGGCGCUCAGGGCCCAGUCUGCCUGCUGGCUGGUGGCGAGCCCACAGUGCAGUUGCAGGGCUCAGGCAAGGGUGGCCGCAACCAGGAGCUGGCCCUGCGUGUUGGAGCAGAGCUGGGACAGUGGCCACUGGGGACUGUGGACGUGCUGUUUUUGAGUGGCGGCACUGAUGGGCAGGACGGGCCCACGGAGGCAGCCGGGGCCUGGGUCAGGCCUGAGCUUACCAGCCAGGCCGCCGCCGAGGGUCUGGACGUGGCCACCUUCCUAGCCCACAAUGACUCACAUACCUUCUUCUGCCGCUUCCAGGGUGGGGCACACCUGCUGCACACGGGGCUGACCGGCACCAAUGUCAUGGACGCCCACUUCCUGUUCCUGCAGCCGCAGUGAUGGUGUAGGUCAUGUUUUUGGGAACCUAGAAGAGGCCUGCAGGGUGGCGUCCUGGAACAGACCAGGUUUGGCCCCCAGGGCCUGACCAGGCUUUAGGGCCCCGUCUCCCUUGGCCGUGGCCAUUUGGUUGGCCCUUACACCUCCCAACCAGGGCCCCCUCUGUGUCCAGUUUCACACUGGCCAGGCAGAUGGGGGCUCUCUUCCACCCCUACUUUCAGCCAUGGCAGCAGGUACCCCAGAGGACCAGGACAGGCCCCUGGGCCAGUUCGCUGUUCCUAGUCUUUUCCCCCAGGUAGCUCCUCUGCUCAGCUCCCAAGCCUGUUUCUUCUGCGGGGUAAAGCAAGAAGGACUGAAAAUAAAAAGGACCACGCUCUGGGUU